UCGAAUGAUUGUUUGGUGAACACCCGUUUAGUAGAAGCUACACUCUUUUUCACUUUUAGUGAUGCCCCACUUGUUUUAUUAGCAUUUAUCAAGAUUAUUUGCACAUAGUUGGGAUUUUAGUGUGUGAAAGUUGAUGGAGAGAAUGUAUGGUGUGAGUGGUGGAGGAAGCUUGUAUGAGUAUGAACAUGGAGUUGUGAUGACAAGAGAUCCAAAGCCGAGGCUGAGGUGGACUAGUGAUCUUCAUGAUCGAUUUGUUGAUGCUGUUACUAAGCUUGGUGGCCCUGACAAAGCAACUCCCAAGUCAGUGCUGCGGCUCAUGGGAUUAAAGGGAUUGACAUUGUACCAUUUAAAAAGCCAUUUGCAGAAAUACAGACUUGGACAGCAGGCCAGGAAACAGGACACAAUAGAACAAAAUAUUGACAACAGUGGGGAUUCCUACAGACAAUACAGUAUGCACGUCGUAAGCACGAGUGCCACCUCAUCAAAAGUGAACAAUGAACAAGGAGAUCAUUCUCUAGGGGAGUCAUUAAUGUAUGAGAUCGAUGUUCAGAAAAGAUCAAAAGAGCAGCUUGAUGUACAAAAGAAAUUACAGAUGAGAAUUGAAGCCCAAGGAAAGUACCUGCAGGCUAUACUAGAGAAAGCUCAAACAAAUCUUUCACUCGAUAUGAAUAGCUCCGGAAACUUGGAGGCUACAAGAGUCCAACUAAACAGCUUCAACCUGGCGCUAUCUAACUUCAUGGAAAAUCUAAACGAGGGAGACAGGAAUCAAAACAUUUCAGAAUUGGGAAAAAUUAAUGCCAAUAGUAGGAACACGAGUGCAUCAAUAUACACAGGGGAAGUUGCGGAAAAGAAAGAUGUCAAGCUUAAGGUUGAAGCGGGUGCUGUAAACUUUGAUUUGAAUAUGAGAGGUAGCUAUGACUUUCUUGGCACUAAUGAAACUGCAAUGGAACUGAAGCCAUUUGCCUAUAGGAGGUAGAUAUCAAUUGUAUAUACAAUUUCACAUAUAAUGCCCCAUGAUCUUGAAUGCAAGUGUUAUCAGCUCUAACUAAAUUUCAAUUAAUUUGAUAUCGAAUAUAAAUAUCCUUAAUUUAUUUAU